CCUAGAAUGACGACAGUCCAAAACAAUAAUACUACUCCUACUAGCCUGGGCGACAAUAAUGCAAGGACGAAGCUGGUUGUCAUCUACGCCCCGCCGGGGAUGGCAGGCCACUUGUUCCCCACCGUGGAGUUUGGCAAGCUACUUGUGGCGCAGGGCCUCGAGGUCACCGUCGUCCUCAGCGGGGUCGGGGACGCCGACGACCUCACAAGGAUCAGGGCGGCCAACCCGUCGCUGUCCUUCCACUGCCUCCCCACGCCCAUGCUUCCAUCCGCCGGCGCCGAUAGUUUCGAGGCUAAGGUUUUCGGGCUCGCGCACGCCUCCCUCCCGGACCUUCGUGACUUCCUCCGCUCCGCCUCUCCGGCUGCUCUCGUCAUCGACUUCUUCUGCGCCAGCGCCUUCGACGUCGGCGCCGAACUCGGCAUUCCGACCUACUUCUUCCUCACCACUUGCAUCUCCGUCGUCGCCUUUGGUCUCUACCAGCCAGCCAUGGAUGAGCAGACCACUCUGAGCUUCCGGGACCUCGGCGGCGACCUUGUGCACGCCCCUGGGUUGCCACCCAUACCGGCAGAUCACCUCCCCGCGUUCACUCUCGAUCGCAACAGCUUGAGCACCAAGUUGUUCAGGGACGUGCCCCACCAGCUGUGCAACUCACAAGGAAUUAUUGUCAACAGCUGCCGCUCCUUGGAGCCCCGUGCCGUCGACGCCAUCGUCUCCGGCCUCUGCACCCCCGGACGGCCAACACCGCCAUUGUACUGCAUAGGACCACUGAUAAAGCCCAAGGAGGUUGGGGUUGGCACAGAGCGCCACGAGUGCCUCGCAUGGCUCGAUGGCCAGCCCAAGGCCAGUGUGGUGUUUCUCUGUUUUGGCAGCUCUGGCCGGUUCGGCACGGAGCAGAUCAAGCAGAUGGCGGCGGGGCUGGAGACGAGCGGGCAACGGUUCUUGUGGGUUGUGCGGCGCCCUGUGACAGGCGACGAGCACCACCAGUUGGCCGUCGACGAGCUCGACCUGGACGCGCUCUUUCCCACGGGCUUCCUGCACCGGACAAGGGAGAGGGGAUUGGUUGUAAUGUCGUGGGCACCGCAGCGGGACGUGCUGGCGCACGGCGCGGUCGGCGGGUUUGUGACGCACUGCGGAUGGAACUCGGUGAUGGAGGCGGUCAUGGCGGGCGUGCCGAUGCUGGCGUGGCCUCUAUACGCCGAGCAACGCAUGAACAAGCUGUUUUUGGUGGAGGGGAUGCAGCUGGCCGUGGCCAUGGAAGGGUACGACAAACAGAUGGUGGAAGCUGAGGAGGUGGCCGCCAAGGUCAGGUGGCUGAUCGAGUCCGACGGCGGGCGGGAGCUCCGGCAACGAACGCACGCGGCCAUGCGGGUUGCCAAGGACGCGCUGGACAAGGCUGGCGAGUCCACAACAGCGUUGGUGCACCUUGCGAGGCAGUGGAAAAACGCCGACCACGACGCAACUGCUGCUUGUGGCCUCAUCAUCGACUGAAGAAAUCCUUUCACAUUCAUGUUAGUGCCAUCUGCAUGUUGGCCUUUGGAAUCAUACCGUGUAGUCUGUGUGUCUGCAUGAUAGUACGUAUUAAUUUCAGUUUUACUAUUUACCAGAUGUUGUUGUGAAUACUUGCAAUCCACAAGUUGAUUCCGAUUGCUUUU